AGACUCUAUCUGUUAUCUGCAGUUAGCCUGUCUGCAGCUAACAUGAGAACUUAUUGCCAUGUAGCAUUGUGCUAGCUAGUGAGUUACGUCUAAACCCGCUCUUGCUUCUCUUAUUUCUUUUCAUUUUCGGUGUCAAGUCUGUUAAAAUGUUGAGUUCUACAUGGAAUUUCAUCAAACGCCAUAAGAGGAAAUUCAUCUUCACUGGGGUGUUUGUUGGAGGUGUUUAUCUGCUUGGUAAAUAUGCACAGAGAAAAAUUCAGGAGAUGCAGGAGCGAGAGGCAGCUGAAUACAUUGCUCAAGCUCGGAGACAGUUUCAUUUUGAAAGCAACCAAAGGACAUGCAACAUGACAGUGUUAUCAAUGCUCCCCACUCUCCGAGAGGCAAUCAUCCAUCACCUGAACUCAGAGAGUCUCACUGCUUUGCUGAAGACUAAGCCAGCAAAUAAACUUGAAAUCUGGGAGGAUCUAAAGAUUAUAAGUUUUACCCGCAGCAUUGUAGCCGUUUACAGCACCUGCAUGCUGGUUGUGUUACUCAGAGUUCAGCUCAACAUAAUCGGUGGAUAUCUGUACCUAGAUAACUCUGUGACGAAAAAUGGAAUGACCCCCUUAGCACCACCUGAUGUUCAACAACAGUAUCUUUCCAGUAUCCAACAUCUUCUUGGAGAAGGGCUCAUGGAACUGAUAACUGUGGUCAAGAAAGCUGUUCAGGAAGUUUUUGGACUGGUGUCUCUGAAGCAGAGUUUGUCUCUACAAGAGCUGGAGCAACAGUUGACACAGAUCAGACAGUUAGUGGAGGACGACUCCUCUAAAUACAAAAGUCUUUCCUGGUACAUGAUGCCUGAUGAAGAGAACACACUUGCCUCACAGGCCUGUGGUCUCACAGAGAAUGAUGUCACAACGAUAAAGCUACUAAAUGAAACCAGAGAUAUGCUGGAAAGUCCAGACUUCAAUAUUGUUCUUCACACUUGCUUGAAUCGAGGAUUUGUCAGAUUUCUAGACAACAUGGCAGAGUUUUUCCGACCCCCGCAGAGAGACUCCACUCCCUCCAGCACACCUGACCAACUAUCGCAUGUAAGCCUCCCACUAGCCAAAAUCAUUCCCAUUAUCAACGGACAGAUUCAUUCAAUAUGCAGCGAAAUUCCAAGCCACUUUGUUCAGGAUCUCCUGUUGAUAGACCAGGUAAAAGAAUUUGCCGCCAACGUAUACGAAACCUUCAGCACCCCUCAGGAACUUCAGAAGUGAGCAAGACAUAAAAGCAAAACUCCUAGAAAUCUCUCAUGCCGUACAGCACAGAAUUGCUCUCCUCACGCGCCAAAAAAAUCAACCUGGAGUGAAAAAAAAAACUUGAAUCAAGUUCUAAGUGUGUGUUAAAGGAGUUCAGAUUCACUGUUGUUAGUAGGCAUUCAGUUUGGAGUAGCUUUAGCUGACCCCUCUGUAUGCUGUGACCCUCUUAACAUUGUCCAGGGCAUGCCAAGGUUUGUAGUCUAUAAUAAACUGUAGCACAUUAUUUAUUUAUAUUUUAAUAAAACAAACCCCUUUAGCAUAACAUUGUCAUUAAUAUCACAAAUAAAAAGGAAAACAACUUGUUCACCGGACUCAAUUCUGACAGCCUUACAUCUGCAGUAUGGACUUAAAUGGGUGAAUUGUGGUCAUUUUGUAUAUUAUAUCAAUAUUAUACCUGAGGUUGCAGCUUCUGGACCAAAACUCACCUUUGCACCAAUAAACUGCUAAGCACAUGGAUAUUUGGGAGCAUUUUUGUUUGUAUCGACUUUCAUUUUGAACGGCUCUACUACUAACUGAUGGGAAUCAUUUGCAAAAUGGUACAGUUCGUAGUAUGCUCUUCUGUUUUUUUUGUAAAAUGACCCAUGAAUGUUAAUGAAUAAUAAUGUGAGUAAUAUUAUCGGAACUAUUCAUUAAAAUGAAACACUGUUUGACUCUA